UGACACAGCAAAGUGUAUUAAAACUGGAAAUUUGGACUCGUGUGGGUGGCGCUUGUAUGUUCUUCGCUUUGUCUCGUGGCUUCUAUGCUUUGUGUUGAUGGUUUAAACUGAAAGAAAGACCUGGUUUGUGUGGGCUGGCAGGAUGCACAUAUGUGUGUGUGCAAAAUGUGCAUGCGUAUAUAUAUAUAUAUCUAUAAAAAGAGUAAUGUACCUGGUGGGUUCUAGUGGCAAGAUGGUAAAUAUGAACAAAAAAGAUGCUUCGUUUCCCUUUCUGGGCUCGCUGUCCCAUCGCAGUUUGGAGGUUGUGAUCUGCCUGCAGAAUAUUUCGGCAAAGGUGUUUGUGCUCUGAACUCUUUCUGCUGUGCCCAUCAGUUUCUACAAGUAAACACCAGGUGUUACGUAUGGAAGUGUAGGUAGUAUGUGGUGCAUCCGUAGCUUUACACUGAGGCCUUUUGCAAAGCGGCAGAGAAACAUUGUGAACCGGGAAAAGAUGGAUGCAAAGCCACAAAUGUGUGGAGGAGCGAGUGCUGUGGUAUCCGCAGCUUUGCAGCGCUGUUCGGUGAAAAUGAUUAAAGUUCAAGUUGCCACUUAAGGGGACAAACAGCUCUUGAUGGCAGAUAAUAAACAGUAGUAACUUUGGCAAUCCUGCGCCUGGCUCGAAGCCGACGGGCACGGUGAAAUGUUAAAUCUCGACUUAUUUGCUCAAGAUGGGUAUCUGCUGUUUGGAAACGCGUUGCCAAACAAUAUGGCAGCGCAAAACCCCCUGUUUCCUCCCAAAAUAAAUAGGCGAACGGGGGCUUUGGCUCUUUGGGAGUCAGACCCUGACUUUGGGUUCACUCCGGGCCGACUUUGAUUUGGAGCGUGCGUGUUUUUCCCCGAGCCUUGCCCUCUGAUCGUUCUACGACACAUGCUCACAACUGCAUGACUAAUUCAGACAAUUAGUCAUACGCUUCCACUGGAGGUUUAUUGGAGCGGGAUCGCUGUCAUUCUCGUGUUGUAAAAGUCUGCGUUUGGGGACGUGGACCCUCUGUUGACUUCCCUUGGGUCUCCUGGUGCUGUUGUCGGGUGGGCUGCUACAAAUCUUCAAAGCCUGUUAAGAUUAUUAGGCUCGCUUAAUUAUAUCAGCACAUUUUCAAUGAGCAGAUAUGCUGGAGAUCGGCACCUCGUCGCUUGCUAAUCGGAGGGGGGGUGAUUUGCAUCAGACUUUGCAGGGAUUGCCAGAAAUGAAGGUGUGAGUGCUACUACUAAAAAUAUCCCGUCUCCUGCAUAAAUAGUUUGCUGGUUGAAAAACAGUAUAUUUUGUAUAAGGCAAGUAUUUAUAUGACAAGUUAUUCUUGUUUUGCUUGGUUGACUGUGUUUCUUUGAAGCGCGGUUCUUAUCUCUAUGAUCAAAGAGGAGGGAUAAAAACCAUAGUUUUAAAAGUUAGAUUCUGCCUUUAAAGACAGGAUUUGAAGCAGGAAGGGGUUGGGCUAACAGGUAAAUAUUUUAACCAGGUGUUUCUGAACGGCCAACAUGCUGUGUAAUACCCUGUAGCAUGUGGCCACCAUUCUACAUAUGAAUUUUAAUUGCUGGCAGAUACAAAUAAGCAAUUUUUAUUGGUGGUUCUAUGUCAUUGCUGUUGCUGCGGCACCCGGGAAGCCCAGGAAUGGACCAGUGGGGUAAGAGGGAUGCUAAACCAGAGCAAAAGCGGCCUCUGCUUCCCAAAACUUCCAGCCUGAACUGAAAGAGGAGCCGAGUUGUGAUGGGAAAGCAGCUGGAUGGUGGUGGGCAGCAGGAGACUCGCAUUAGUAGCUUGAAUAUUGAGUUUUUGGGAGUUUUUUAGUAACAUCGCAGCGCAACGGCGCUUUAUGGUCUGGGAUAGGCCGUUUGGCUGUAGCUGCAAUAUUAACAAUUACGGCUUGGACCUCUUUGCACGCCCUGGAUGUGUGAGUCAGGGCGACGCAGAACAGGUUUUUACCGCCGCGGCAGCAUCUCCGUGUUAAACUGACCAUUCGAAACGUUGCGGCUUUGCCGUGGGACAGAUUGCAAAGCUCUCGGGGGCCCGGGCUGGGUCUAAAGGACGUGUCAGCACCGUGCGCUUCACCUGGGCUCCUGUCAUUACAAAGGGAAAGAAAAAAACCACCGCUGAACUGGUUUGGAAGUUCUUUAAGCCUGAACUAAUUUACCUGGCUGGGAAUGUAGGUUAGAAACUAGGCUUCGCUUAGCUUUGGGCUAGAGCCAGCGCACUCCGCAGGGAAAACGCAGGCGGAACAGCUUCUGCGCCGAUAAUCCUGCGCUACUGCUCCUGUUUCCUCCGCAAAGAGCGCUGGGUUCUCGUGUGGACGACUCGGAUGCGUCUCGGCACAAGGAGUUUGGGAUUUUUUCCCCUCGGAUGCCCUUGGGACUCAGCGGUUGAUGCUGGUCCCCAUCAGCAGAGCUCAGGUGAAGACGGCCCAUGGAAGGUCAGCGCCUGCGUUUGCCGAGGCUUUAGGAACCCCUUGUUUUCCCGUUUAAUUCACCGAAGAAUCCCAUUUCUCCCAUGAACCAUCUUUCACCUCGGGAAGACAGAGGUGCAAAGUAGGUCAACCAACAUGAGUGGCCUUGGGGACAGCUCAACGGACCCUGCCAACCCCGACUCCCGCAAGAGGAAAGGUUCACCCUGCGACACAGCCCAGAGCAAUGAAAAGCGCCGACGGGAGCAGGAGAACAAAUACUUGGAGGAGCUGGCGGAGCUGCUGUCUGCAAACAUCGGGGACAUCGACACGCUGAGUGUCAAACCUGACAAAUGCAAGAUCCUGAAGAAGACGGUUGAUCAGAUCCAGCAGAUGAAGAGGUUGGAGCAAGAGAAAGCAGCUGAUGAUGAAGUGCAGAAGUCCGACAUCUCAUCCAGCAGCCAAGGCGUGAUUGAGAAGGAGUCUCUGGGACCUCUUCUCCUAGAGGCAUUGGAUGGCUUCUUCUUCGUCGUGAACCGCGAAGGGAGGAUCGUCUUCGCCUCCGAGAACGUGACCAGCUACCUGGGUUAUAACCAGGAGGAGCUCAUGAACACCAGUGUCUACAGCAUCCUGCACGUGGGGGAUCACGCCGAGUUCGUCAAGAACUUGUUGCCGAAGUCUCUGGUCAAUGGAGUUCCUUGGCCCCAGGAAGCAACGCGGCGCAACAGCCACACGUUCAGCUGCAGGAUGCUGAUCCGGCCGCCCGAUGAGCCGGGCACCGAGAACCAGGAGGCUCGUCAGCGCUACGAGGUGAUGCAGUGCUUCACCGUGUCCCAGCCCAAGUCCUUCAAGGAGGAGGGAGAAGAUUUCCAGUCGUGUCUGAUAUGCAUUGCGAGACGAUUACCUCGACCGGCAGCCGUCGCCCCUUCCGAAUCCUUCGUGACCAAGCAAGACACCACAGGUAAAAUCAUCUCCAUCGACACCAGUUCCCUGCGAGCCGCCGGCAGGACGGGCUGGGAGGAUUUGGUGCGAAAAUGCAUCUACGCUUUCUUCCAGCCGCAGGGCAGAGAGCCGUCCUACGCCAAACAGCUGUUUCAAGAAGUGAUGACACGCGGCACGGCCUUCAGCCCCUCGUACCGAUUCACCCUGAGCGACGGGACGGUGCUCAGUGCCCACACCAAGUGUAAGCUCUGCUACCCCACCAGCCCGGAGAUGCAGCCCUUCAUCAUGGGCAUCCACAUCAUCGACAGGGAUCACGGCAUGCUCUCACCCCAGGAGAACACUAACUCCGCCAUGGCCCUUCCCCGGGUCAGCCCCUCGCUGAACCCCAGCAUCUCCCCAGGCCAAGGCAUGGCCCUGCCGCCCUCCAUCCCCCCCUCCAACGGCAGCAUGUUGGCCACCAACGUCAACCAGCAGCCAGGCGCCGGCCUCCACAACAACAGCAACUCCAGCACCAGCCAAACCAACUUCGGAUGUUCACCUGGGAACCAGAUGGGAGCCAACGUUGCCUUAAGCCAGGGACAAGCUGGUCCCCAGAACAGUAACCACACGCUGAACCUCAACAGCUCCCCCAUGAACAGUCCGGGGAUCACCCCACCGCAGUUCAUGUCCCCGAGGCAUCGGGUCAGCCCGGGGCUGGUGCCCAGACCCCGCGUGCCCGGCAAUCCCUUCUCGCCCACCAUGCCCACCAUGCACUCUCCCGUGGGCAUGGCCAACAGCGGCAGCGGGGCCGGCGGUGCCACCGGCGCCGCCAGAUCCUUUCCCGGCGCCCCCAUGAACUCCAUGCAGGGCUUGGCCGAAGGUCCCAGCACCCCGGUGGGCUACUCCACACCACCCCCUGUGCUGAGACAGCUCAGCUCGCAGAGCUCGCCCGGCCGCCUCGCCAUGCAGCCCAUGAAAGCCGAGUCCAAGGACAGCAAGGAGAUCGCCUCCAUCCUCAGUGAGAUGAUCCAGUCGGAUGGCGGGGCGGGGGACAGCAAACCGCUGGAUUCGGGCAUGCUGCAUGCCAAUGACAGGCUCUCAGAAGGGGACAACAAGUGCUCCCAAGCCACCAGCCACAAGCUGGUCCAGCUUCUGGCCAGCACGGCGGAGCAGCAGCUUCGACACGCUGACGCAGACACGAGUUGCAAAGAUUCGUUGGCCUGUGCGGGCACCGGUGGCACCUUGGCCUCUGGAAACCCUCCCAGCAGCACCUGCCCUUCCUCCCACAGCUCCCUGACCGAGCGGCACAAGAUCUUGCACAGACUCCUUCAGGAGGGCAGCCCUUCGGACAUCACCACCCUGGCCAUGGAGCACGAGAAGAAGGAGAGCACGCCGAACCCCACCACCACCCCCGCAGCUCCCAGCCAGCUGCCGGGAGCCUCGGACAUCAAACUGGAGCCGGACACGCUGAAGAAAAAAGACGCCAAGGAUCAUCAGCUCCUAAGGUAUCUGCUGGACAAGGACGAAAAGGAACUUGCUGCAGCCCCGGCACUGAGCCUGGACGACGUGAAGGUGAAGGUGGAGAAGACGGAGCAGAUGGAGCCCUGUAACACGGCCCCGGUGCCACUCGCCAAACCUCCUGCCACGGAGGAGGUCAAGCUGGAGACGCAGGGCCAGUUUGCUGCCGAACUGGAGCAGCUGGACCAGCUGCUGCCCUCGCUGGAGAAGGCGGCGCAGCUGCCCGGCUUGUGCGGAGCGGACAGGAACGAGAGUGGCGUGGCCGUCAAACCGGAGAUGCUGGCGGCCCCCCUGCCGCCCAGCGCCGCCGCCAGAGCCCCCGCGGGACUCAACCCGAUGAGCAGCGUGCAGGGCGUGCAGGCCGGUCGGACGCCCUUUGAGUUCUGCGACCCCCUGGAGCCAGCGCAGCUGAGGCCGGUUCCUUGUCCCACCAGCAAUGGCAGCAGCCCGCACGCCCGCGGGCCGGCCCAGCAGGGCAGGGGCACGGUCACGGCUCCCAACCCCUUCCCACCCGACACAGGGAUGCCGGAGCUGGAGAUGGGGGUGCCGGAUCACCAGUUUGGACAGCCGGGAAUGGGGGAGCAGAUGCCCUGGCCGGAUAACGGCAUGGCAGCCAUGAACCGGGGCGCCAUGGGUAAACCCGAAGACCAGUGCAUCACCUCGCAGCUGGACGAGCUCCUGUGUCCCCCCACCACGCCGGAGGGGCGGAACGAUGAGAAGGCUCUGCUGGAGCAGCUCGUCUCCUUCCUCAGCGGCAAAGACGAGACCGAGCUGGCCGAGCUGGACCGAGCUCUCGGCAUCGACAAGCUGGUCCAGGGCGGUGGGCUGGAAGCCCUGACAGAACGGUUCCAACCCCAACAAGCCACCCCACCACUCAUGAUGGAGCAGAAACCCGGCAUGUACCCCCAGCCUUACUCCUCCGCCUCUCCCACCGCCAACCUCCCCGGCGCCUUCCCCGGCAUGGUGAGGCAGAAGCCGUCGUUCGGAGCCGUGCCGGUGCAGGUCCCUCCGCCCCGCGGCGCCUUCCCCAGCACCAUGGCCAUGCAGCCCCGGCAGACGCUCAACAGGCCCCCGACAGCCCCCAACCAGCUGCGACUUCAGCUGCAGCAGCGGCUGCAGGGCCAGCAGCAGCUGAUCCAUCAAAACCGGCAAGCGAUCCUCAACCAGUUUGCAGCCAAUUCCCCGGUGGGCAUCAACAUGCGGGCAGGGAUGCAGCAGCAGAUCACACCGCAGCCUCCCCUCAACGCCCAGAUGCUGGCGCAGCGUCAGCGCGAGCUCUACAGCCAACAGCACCGGCAGCGGCAGCUCAUGCAGCAACGAGCCAUCCUGAUGAGACAGCAAAGCUUCGGAAACAACCUCCCCCCCUCCGCCGGGCUCCCGGUGCAGAUCGGAGCCGCUCGCCUGCCCCAAGCGCCCCCCCAGCAGUUCCCUUACCCCCCAAAUUACGGUACGAGCCCAGGAAACCCUCCCACCUCCACCAGCCCCUUCUCACCGUUGGCAUCCAACCCCGAGGCCGCGCUGGCUAACCGCGGCAGCAUGGUGAACAGGGGGAUGAUGGGCGCCGUCGGAGGACAGUUCGGCGCCGGGAUGACCCCGCAGAUGCAGCAGAACAUCUUUCAGUAUUCGGGAUCGGGCAUGGGUCAGCAAAGCGAACCCGCCUUUGCCCCGUCGCUCAGCCCCAGCAGCCCCUUGAUGUCACCGCAGCUGCCGCCAUCGCAGAGCCCCAUGCUGCAGCCAGCACCGCCCACACCGGGCUACCAGUCGCCGGACAUGAAGACCUGGCAGCAAGGAGCCAUGGGGAACAGCAACGUUUUCAGCCAAGCGGGACAGAACCAGCCAGCGCCUGCUCAGCAGGGCAUGUACAACAACAUGAGCAUCACUGUCUCCAUGGCGGGAGGAAACACCAACGUCCAGAACAUGAACCCCAUGGCUGGACAGAUGCAAAUGAACUCGCUGCAGAUGCCCGGGAUGAAUUCCAUGUGCUCGGAGCAGGUAAACGACGCGGCGCUGAGACCCGCAGGCCUUUACUGCAACCAGCUUUCCUCCACUGACCUUUUGAAAACAGAAGGAGAUGGGGCGCAGCAGGUACAACAGGUUCAGGUCUUUGCCGACGUGCAGUGUACAGUGAAUUUGGUAGGAGAUCCCUACCUCAAUCCGCCGGCUCCUCUGGGCACCCCGAAAAACGCCGCCGGGCCGCCGCCCCCGCCGCCGGGCCAGCAGAAGAGUCUCCUUCAGCAGCUACUGACUGAAUAAACCGCUUGGUUUUUUUUUUUUUUGGUUGGUUUCUUUUUUUUCGAGGAAUGUGAAAUUUAAAUAAGAAGACGUACAGAGAUAUAUAAAUAUAUAUAUAUUAUAUAUUUUUCUGAGAUUUUUGAUAUCUCAACCCGCAGCCAUUCUUCAGCUCGUAGUGUUUGGAGCAAAAAGGGGUCUUUUUUUUUCCGGUUUAUUGGGGGGGAGGGUUGGGUUUUUUUCCCCUUUUUUUUCCCCCUUUUCUCUCUUUUUUUUCCUUUUUUCCCUUUUCCCCCUUUUUUCCUCCCCCACCUUUUCCCCUUUUUCCUGUUUCCCCCCCUCAUUUCCCCCUUUUUCCUUUUUUCCCCCUUAUUUCCUUUUCCUGCUUUUCCUUCCCCCUUUUCCCUGUUUUCCUUUUUCCUUCCUUUUUUCUCUUAUUUCCUUUUCCUAUUUUUCCUUUUCCCUCUUUUUUCCUUUUUCCUUCCUUUCUCGCCUCCUUUCCCCUUUUUGCUUUUUCCCCUUAUUUUCCUUCUUAUUUAUUCCUUCCCCAUUUUCCCUAUUUUCUUUCUUCUCUUUCCCCCUUUUGCUUUUUUCCCCUUAUUUUGCCUUAUUUAUUCCUUCUCCUUUUUCCCUUUUUUCUUCCUUCCUUUCCACCUUUUUAUUCUUUCCCCCCCUUAUUUUCCUUUUCUUCUUUAUUCCUUCCCUUUUCCCUCUUGUUUCUUUCUUCUUUCCGUUCCCCCUUUUCCUUUUUCCCCCUUAUUUUCCUUUUCUUACUUAUUCCUUCCCCCUUUUCCCUUUUUUCUUCCUUUCCACCCUUUUUUCUUUCCCCCCCUUAUUUUCCUUAUUUAUUCCUUCCCCCUUUUCCCUCAUUUCUUUCUUCUUUCCUUUCCCCCUUUUGCUUUUUUCCCCUUAUUUUCCUUACUUAUUCCUUCCCUUUUCCCUCUUGUUUCUUUCUUCUUUCCUUUCCCCCUUUUGCUUUUUCCCCCUUAUUUUCCUUUUCUUAUUUAUUCCUUCCCUUUUCCCUCUUGUUUCUUUCUUCUUUCCUUUCCCCCUUUUCCUCCCUUAUUUUCCCUAUAUAUUCCUUCCCCCUUUUCCCUCUUUUUUCUUUCCUUCCCCCUUUUCCUUUUUCCCCCUUAUUUUCCUUAUAUAUUCCUUCCCCCUUUUCCCUCUUUUUUCUUUCCUUUCCCCUUUUGCUUUUCCCCCUUAUUUUCCUUUUCUUAUUUAUUCCUUCCCCCAUUCCCUUUUUUCUGCCUUCCUUUCCACCCUUUUUUCUUUGCCCCCUUAUUUUCCUCUUCUUAUUUUUCCUUCCCCUUUUCCCUCUUUUUUCCUUCCUUUCCCCCUUUUCUUCUCCCUCUUUCCCUUUUUCCCUCUUCCUCUUCCUUUCCUCCACUUUUCCCUUUCCCCCCAUUUCCCUUUCCCCUUUACUUCCACAAAGCGCUGGAGCCGGCGCAGCGCCGAGGCAGGACGGUCGCUUUCUCGAGCCAAAACCACAGAUGAUUCUUAUUUUUGUAAAUCACGCCGCUGGCUUGGCCAUGCGGAGGAAGCUUUCCCGGCCGGAGAGCGCGGCGGCGGCACGAGGAGGAGGAGGAGGACGACGACAAAACCAAUCUCAGUUUCAGCUGGAUCUGUCACUGAUCGCAGGGGCACCGAAGGGGAUCGCCGCUGGAUUUCUGCGGGGAAAAAGCCGCUUUUUUAAUUCACCCUUCGACACCGAAAAGGAAAAGAAACAAAGCCCUUCUCUCCCCUCCGCCCCCGCCCGCUUGUGCGUACAAUCAGCUUUUUCUAGCAAUCGUGAGUUUGUUGGUUUUAAAGUAAAAGAGAAAAACAGAGUAUUUUGACCCACCAUUUUUUCCAUGUUUUAUGCUGGUUUCAAGGCCUCCGAAUGAACCGGGGAGGGUGGGGGGGGGUUACAAUGUGUAUAUGACAACAGGAGGAAGAAAAACAUGCAAAAAGACAAAAAAAAAAAAGAUACAAAAAGAACAGUUUUGGGGAAAAACUGCAAUAAUUUUUAGGGGGAAGGAUGGGGGGAGGGCUCUGUCAAUUAUUGUAGAUAAAAUUUUCUGAUUAAAUAUUAAAUAAAAUUAAGCAGUCGGUUCUUUCUGCUUUGAUUGUGUUUAACAGCUGAGGUAGCUUAAACUAUUUAAAAUAAUAAUAAUAAUAAUAAAAUAAUAAUAAUAAUUGAA